UUCAAUGUUUUUAUCAAUGACUGUUGUAUUAUUUGAUGAAUUAAAUGAACCAAAAGCAAUACAAAAUAAUACCACAGACGAAAAUUUUAACAGUAGGUGUACUCGUUUCAAAAAUAUCAAUAUAAUUAUGAAUCGUGAUGAACAAGAAACAUUAUAUCGAACAUCGCGUACAUUAAGUUUAGUACCAGGUACAGCACCAACAAAAUUACGUCAUUAUUCACAUGGGAAUAUACAUCAAAUACAUGGUAUUGUUCCAUCAAAUGUUAAUAAAUCAGCAUCAGUAAAUAUUUAUCCCGAUACUGAGGAUGAAGGGGAAGAUGAGGAUAAUAAUCAAACGGGACGAAUCAAUCCUGAAGAUUUAGUUUUAAGUGUAUUAAAAUCGCCAUUAAAUCAUAUUGGUGAUCGUAACGAAGAAAAAGAUACAAGCAUUAAUUACAGUGUUAACAUACAAGGGGGCUCAGAGGAUGAACUAUGUGCACGUGACGACGACAGUAUUACACCAACAAUAAUAAAAAAACACGGUAGUGGGGGUGACGAUGAACAUCAUGAUGAAUUUAUUAGUGAAAGAUUUCCAUUUUUACGACGAUUUCGUUCAUCACAACCAACAGCAUCAAAAUCAUCAUCAUCUUCAGCCGCACCUCUACCUAGACAACGUGCUCCACGUUUUGGUGAAGCACAUCAUAAACGUGUACCAACACCAAUGAAACGUAAACAACGUCGACAAAAUCAUCAUCGGAGGCAUCGUAGUAAAUCACCACCGACGGACGAUGAUAUACUAGAUGCUGAUAUUGAUGCGGCUGUUGAAGUUGCAGAACGUGGUGAGUGUAAUGUUGCGGGUGGAAAUGGUACAACUACUGGACCACCAGGUGUACCUGAUCCGUACUAUCCAAUAUAUUUACCAAUUGAUCAGGCGUUUAAAAAGAAGUAUGUGUUCCAUCAUAAAAAGGGGAAAACAUUUCAAGAACGUUUAUAUGUGUUUUUGGAACAUCCUGGUGGUUGGAUAUGCUUCAUUUAUCAUUUCACUGUGUAA